UCUGGAUAAUGGAUGCAAAGGUGUAGAGUUACUACUCUCUGAUGCAGCAACGUUGCUUAGCAACACUGGACAACACUGAGAUCAGGUGUGGCAUCUGUUUCGGACCCACUCCGGCUUUUGAGGCCCAACACGUCCGCUUUUGACGAUUUCAGCACUCUGGACAGCGAUGAUAUGAGGAUUCCUCUCGCACUCGAGCCAGUCUGACAGCAAAUCAUGAACGGGACAGUUUGAAGUAUGUUCAAGAAGAUCAAUAAUGUGUUCCGUCCCAACCACCACGGGCACAGGGGCCGGGACGCUGGGGCCAAACAGGACUACCACAGCGCCUGCACGGUCAGACUGGUCCGCAGCACGUCCAUGUUGGUGGUGGGGGAGAAAAGAUACACGGCCGACGGCUCGACUUUAAAGAGGAGCAAAAGUACGGUGAGCAUAGAGUCGACGCUGUAUUACUAUCAGAGACAGGAGGACCAGAUCUGGCUGUACUCUCAGAGUCAGAACUGCCUGGAGUACCUGGAGGCGCUGGUGGCUCUGAGGAGGCAGUACACCAAGAGUGUGAGCGACCUCAAGAGCCAAGAGGCCAAAUCUACUGUCAGCACAAAGAAGAAGCGGGCACCUGCACCACCGCAGAAGGACCCGCCUGAACCAGCAGCCAAACCCUCAACCCCUCUGGUUCCCAAUGAGGAGGACACUCUGGAGUUCUUUGAUGCGGUGAUCGCCAGCUGUGACAAGGAACCUCUGCGAAAACCCUACAAGGAUGAUGGACACGCUGAUGUGGAUUUUAUAGUGGCGUCAAGCUCUACUGAGCAUGACCUUCACUCCAACUGGGUCUUGAAGGUUCCCCGUGAUGCAGACGGCUCCACACAGACAGUAGUUAAAGACAGUGCCAUUGAAAAAGCCCAGAAGAAGAAGAAGAACCAGAGCGGAUCUACGAGCAGCAGACUGCGUCUUCAGAGGAACCCGAUCCACCUGCCCAAAGUGGUGGAGAGCGCCUUCCAGACGCUACGCUUCAAGCCCAAACUAAAAAAGCAGUGAAGCUCGAAGGGCCUUGAAACACAAGCCCCGCCCACAACGUUGGGAAACCUUUUUGCUCCGGAGUUGUAUUGAGCAAACUAUGUUUUGAACAUUCAAUAUUAAGAUUUAAAUGAACAUCUAAAGGAAAAGAUUCAAACAGA